UCUUCAUCGCUUGUGGUAGUGCUAUUGAUCGUCUCUUCGAUUUUUUUGAAUCCGAUGGCGCCGAAGGCCGAGAAGAAGCCGGCGGAGAAGAAGCCCACGGCUGAGAAGCCGGCUGAGGAGAAGGAGAAGAAGGCCGAGAAAGCCCCCGCCGAGAAGAAGCCCAAGGCCGAGAAGCGCCUUCCGUCCAAGGAUGCCGCCUCCGGCGACAAGAAGAAGAAGAAGAAAGCCAAGAAGGGAUCCGAGACCUAUAAGAUUUACAUCUUCAAGGUUCUGAAGCAGGUCCACCCCGACAUCGGAAUCUCGAGCAAGGCGAUGUCCAUCAUGAACUCCUUUAUCAACGACAUCUUCGAGAAGCUCGCGCAGGAGGCUUCCCGUCUGGCCCGCUACAACAAGAAACCUACCAUCACUUCCCGCGAGAUCCAGACCUCUGUGCGCUUAGUUCUCCCCGGUGAGCUCGCCAAGCAUGCUGUUUCCGAAGGUACCAAGGCGGUUACGAAGUUCACCAGCUCUUAAAAGUUGUUUAUGGAUCUGUAUCAAAUGGUAUCUCCGAUCCGACUCUGAUUUAGGGAAAUGAACUCUUUGUAUUUCUGUUGCUCUAUAUCGAUUAGCCAAAUAUCAUUUUGAUGUUGGAAUGGAUAGUUUAUGGCUGUAAUAUAGUGAUUUCCAACUGGAUCGAGGCUUCUUUUCUCUCGAA